AAACCUUUUACUUGUAGUCUGGGUCUGUGUUCAGAGGGUGGGCCAGUACAUGUGCGUGUGUAGUCAGUACUGGAGGUUAUUUUGAAAGUGACCCCCUCACCGCCGCGGACCGCACACAGCUGUCGGGAACCAUGACACAAGAUGACGGAUACGGUUGUCGUAGAGGGACAAGUCAGACUCCGAGAGGGGAAAAAGUGGAAAAACAGAUGGGUAAUUCUACGAAAACCUUCGCCUGUAGCAGACUGCCUGUCCCUGCUGGUGUAUAAGGAGCGUGGAGAAAAAAGCAAAGGGCAUAGGGAGAGGAGUCAAGCCACGCUAAGGGAUAUAUGUGGACUGGAGGCUCUUCAGGGGUUUGAUGGAGCGAAUUAUGUGCUCAGUCUGAUCUGCCUGAGCCAGUCUGUCAUGCUGGGCUUUGACAACAAAGUUACUCUUCUGGCCUGGGAUGCUCGUAUCCGCUACAGCCUUGGGGAAGUUCACAGGUUCAGUGUUAAUGUCCAGCCUGGCACCAAACUAGAAAGUGGCCCCGCCUCCCUGCAUUUGUGCAAUAACUUGCUUGUUAUUGCUCGAGACCUCCCCCCAACUGUCAUCGGUCAAUGGAAACUGUCAGACUUGAGGCGUUACGGCGCCGUUCCUAAUGGAUUUGUCUUUGAGGGCGGGACAAGAUGUGGCUACUGGGCUGGUGUUUUCUUUCUAGCGUGUGCAGAAGGAGAACAGAUCAGUUUUUUGUUCGACUGCAUCGUUCAGGGCAUAUCGCCAAGCAGGGGGCCGUUUGGACUGCGCCCAGUCCUGCCAGACCUGGGUGCUAACCCGUUGUCUAUAGAGGACAGGAUUAGCCAGGAGGCCAGCGAACUAGAGAAGCGACUCAGUAUGCUGUCUAUAUGUAGCCAACACAGCAGUGCAGCCUCCACCUCCAGUUAUGGUGCCUCCAUGGCAGGAGAUGAUAGGAGUAUCUCCAGCUCCUCCUCUGAGACCAGCCAGUCGGAUAACAGCUUGGGCAGCCGUCUGGCAUUGUGGUCCGAACCUGUCAGACAUCCCACCCCUGUCGAACCUUCAUCAUCAUCAUCAUCAGGGGCCACGGGACCCAAGAGCACAGCCUUUUCUGUCAGCACGUCCAGUAACGAGCGUCUUUGUGGAGCAGGUACGGGAGGUCUCCACCCCCCAUCCAAGCCGCCACAACCUAGGGGCCUUCAAGAGGCGGGACGCCAGAGCUCAACCGACAGUGGCAUUGCCACAGGGAGCCACUCCUCUUAUUCAGGAAGCUUCUCUUCUUCAUACACUGGUAGCAUGGAUAUUGGACAUGGAGAGACUGAGGAGUUUGGUUCCUCGAUAAGCCUCCCACAAAACACUUUAGUACGGACAAUAACCCUCAUACCCGAGCACGGGUCAUGUGCGUGUCCCCAUAAAGACGCUGCUGACAUGCAGGCCACUGGGUACAUGGUACCCAAUCCAGCUUUGCAGCAUUAUGAUGUCCCCCGUCGGCUCGCACACCACCACACCUCUGAUCAAGAGCAGUCUUUGAUUCCUGCAGACCAGGAACGGAGGCCUGAGAGCGGAGGAGCUCUGAGAAAGGAGGACACAUCUACAGAUUCCAACGUGCCAGUGAGAUUUAACUGGUGUGGUGAUGGAGAAGCGCCUCCUGAAGUCUCAUCUAUGACAGAAUUACAGCCAAACUUUUGUCCAGACUGUGGGGGAGGAAAGGUGUUGGAGAGGAGCAGAUGUGAGAUGAGCAGCAGUUCAGAGCAGCAGAAACCUUUUCAUAACACUCACGCAGAUCCAAAAGGCAAUUAUGAGCAAAUGGCAUUUAUGACUGAUGCAUGCAGGUGGCCACAGUUCAGAGCAGGAGAGUAUGGAUGUUCGCUGCCUUGCCCCGGGGACGUGGGACCGAUGGUUAUUGACCGAUUUCAAAGUGAUUCUGCCAACUACGUGAAUAUACCAGUCAGUCCUACAUCUAAACGGCAGCUGCACUAUAUGGAGUUGGAUCUGCAGGAUCGACAGGAGUCGAGCCACACCGUCAGAGCGUCCAGCUCAAGCACCAAGUACGCCCACAUUGACAUCAAUGCUACUGAGACAGUACAGAGGGUGGGAGCCCAGCAUGCACAAGGCAGAGAGCAGAGACUACAGGAACUUGAACAGAAGAAAAGAGGAACUCUACCCUGAAAAUAUCUAUACAAAUAUGCAUACUGUACAUCAGUGGUUCUCAAACUGGGGGCCGCGAGAUGGUGCCAGGGUGCCCAGUUUUAUGACAUUUUAUAAAAUAAAUAAAUUUAUCAUGCAUUCUGUGCAAUUAAACAUAAAAAAAUAAGACUAGUAACCAACAGCACUACUUCGUCUCAUUUAAUAUGGUUUGUUUAAUCAAAAGUUGAGUUUUAAAACAGUUUCUUGUCCUAAAUUUUCUUCGGGGGGGGGGCGAAGAAAUGCGCCAUACAAAAGGGGGGCCGCACGCUGAAAAGUUUGAGAACCACUGCUGUACAUAGAGUACCUAUUAUGCUCUUUGUACUAAUAUUUUUCUUUUAAAUCCAUGGUAACACUUUAUAGUGACUCUGUUAUACAUUAAAUAUAAUGACUAUAAUAAUAACAGUAAAUUAUGCAUACUUGCAACUAACCCUACAGUAAGUACAUGUUGUUAAUCAUUAUUACUUAGUAAUUAAAUGUACAGUAUAAUUACACUGCAAUAUGGAUGUCGUAAAAUAUAGCGUAACCAAGUCCACAAUAAAUGCAUUUAAUAGCGGUCUUUUAUGGACCUCACUUUAUACAUAUACAGAAUUGCCCUUUAAAUGUAAUGCAUAAUACAUGACUGUGCUAAAUAAUUAUUGUAAUUGCUAAAGUGUUUCUACAUUCUGUGUAAUUUUGUAGAUGAAUGUCUUGUCAUUUUGAUAUUCACAUGGAAUUAGUAAGGUUUUACUGAAAACAACACACACUUUGACUGUUGACAACUGUAAAUAUAUUAUCUUUGGUGACCAAUUUUGCUUUGUACAUUUACACAUUUAAAUAUUUCAUAAGAAACAUGCUGUAUUUUUUCAGAUAUUAUUUUCUGACAUUUCUAUAUCGAACAUAGUAGUAAUAAAGCUGUCAUCUAACAUCA